AUGGCUUUCUCGCCGUCUAUGGAAGGCAAGAAAAUCGCUGAUAUCUUCCCUUUUGGGACAUUGUGCAAAUUUCUGGAACAAGUUUCAUCAGUAGACGGUGCAAAAAAGAAAAAGGACUAUAUCUUCUUGUUCAUUCAAAAGUGGGCAGCUAAAUAUAAAAGACUUGUUGGGGAUACUGGCCCGACUGCAGGAAAUUUGGGCAGCUUCUUUCCGGUUUUACGUCUUCUUAUCCCAUCUGCUGACCGCACUAGGCCAGCGUAUGGUGUUGGAGAAUCAACCAUGGCCAGGAUGCUCAUCAAGGCCUUUGGUUUGGCUCCAAAAGGGCCUGAUGCUACCAGAUUACUAAAGAAAUGCAAAACAUUGUUAUCCAAAAGUGCCACUGAGGAGGACCUGGCGGACAUCGUUCACUAUGUAUUACGGGAUCAUUGUGCGACCGAGAGCUCUUACUCAAUAACUAAAAUUCAUGACACGUUAGAUGCGCUGGCGUCCUCACCUUCUCAAGAUCAAAAGCUCGAAAUAAUCUGUCAUUUCACUCGUAAUAUAACUGUUCUGGAAUUGAAGUGGUUCGUGCGUAUCGUUAGUCGGCGCGAUCUGUCGUUAGGUAUCAGAGAUAAAGCUUUGCUCAGUUGUCUUCAUCCUGCUGCUCCCUCCAUUUGGAACGUUACACAGGACUUGUGCGCUGUCUGUCAACGAAUCGCUUACAUUGACCCAAAGUUGGCUCUGUCCACUGAUGUUUACCGCAAAUUUAAAUCUGUUGAACUGUUUACUGCCUUUAAACCCAUGCUUUGCUCUCGAGCCAGUAGUGUCGACGAAAUCUGUACAGCCUAUCAGCAGGAAUUCUCGGGGUCUGUUGACACUGGUCUUUGCCUCGAAGUUAAGUAUGAUGGCGAAAGAGUUCAGUUGCAUAAGUCAAAUACAAACUACCGCUUUUGGUCUCGUACUGGUCGCGAAUGGAGCUCGAGUUAUGGUGAGUGCGGCGAUUCUGCGAAGGGGAGCCUCACAUAUCGUUUACAUGCAAACGGCACCACUUUUGCCAAUGACGUCAUCGACUGCAUUCUUGAUGGAGAGAUGCUCGCUUUUGAUAGACUUACCAACCGGUUUGUCACAAAGGCCACGGGCUAUGAUGUUAAACGUGCAGGGCUUGAUGAUCAGUCUGAUAACAAUAAGGAUGUCAUGCCGUGCUUCAUCGUCUUCGACGUACUCUAUUUAAACGGACAGCUUCUCACGGAGAUGCCUCUCUCCCGGCGCAAGCGUAUUCUUCUAACAAUGUUCUCAUCAUUUAAGUCAACGUGUGAAGAGGUUUCGUCAGAAGUUGAAACCUGUUUUAAGUCCACCAAUAAUCACAGUGACGAUGACAAUUUGGAAGAUUAUCAAAUUCAGCAGGAUCGACUUCUUUCACUUUUUGCGAUUGAGAAGGGAGCCUUGUAUUUAGGCGGUUUCUUGUUUACGCAACCGGAUAAGACUCGGCUAGCAUGCUGCUUCGACACGUGGGUGCAGCAUGGUGCGGAGGGGCUGGUGGCGAAGGCGCUCUGCGCUCCCUACACCCCCGACGGACGGGCAGGGGCGGGCUGGUGGAAGCUGAAACCGGACUACGUGCUUGGUCUUUGCACUGACCUCGACUGCCUCCUUGUCGGUGCCUACGCUGGUACCUCUGCCGCCACCUGCACGACAAUGUUCUCCACAUUCCUCUGUGCCAUCGUUAACGACGACGAUGGUGAUGAGAUUGAAAAUAAGCGACGGCGACUGCAAUCAGAUCACUCAUCCCCACCCUCCUUCUUGACAUUUUGCCAGGUGUCAUGCGGAUUGAAGCGCGAUCAACUGGAGAGCCUCAAUCGCCGCCUAGUGUCUCAUUGGAGGCAGUACGGCAGACGCAAAAUAAACUGUAACGAGACCGAGUGGCUUCGGGUGUCGGGGGAGCGACCCGACUUCUGGAUUCCACCGCGCCAUUCCCUUGUUCUUCAAAUUCAUGCCGCAGAAAUGAUACCGAGCGCCUCAUAUUCGGCGGGUUUUACUCUUCGAUUUCCCAGAGUCGUAGCUGUCCGAGAGGAUAAGACGUGGAAAGAUGUCGCCUCAAUAUCGGAAAUCAAGAAGCUUUAUCAGGACACGAAGGGUAAAAUGGUUAAAGGGAAGACAAUCCAGUCUUCAGAUGAGGACAAUAAAAGUGAUACUGAUAGCGACAAAGACAAAAAACCCAUUUCACGCAUCACUUCAGAGACUGCAUCGACAAGUGGGUUUUCUACAAGGCGUGUCCAAACAUCCUCAAAGCCUUCGACCUCGGUUCUGACCCAAUACUACCAAUCAUUAACGGAUUCAAUUGAAAUCGAGUCCUCUGCCUUCGCUGACGUGGAAUUCUGUCUUUAUAUUUCAUCCCAUUUUUUCGGCCCAUCUACUGACUUUGGGUCAAAGGGUGACUUGGAAAAGGCGAUUCUUAAAAGGAGUGGGAAAGUGGUUCAAAACCCUGGAUCAGAUACAACCUAUAUUGUAACGGAUCGAAUCACCGCCAAGAUUUCCAAUUUGAUUGAAGCCACGCGUAAGAGCACGGGUAGGGGUAAGGAAGGUGGCUAUGACAUUGUAUCCACCGAAUGGUUGAUUCAGUGCAUUCAGGCGAAUCGACUACUACCGCUACGCCAGGACCAGGUGUUCGCAUCACGUCCGUCAACAAUGCUUCAACUUGAUGGGUCCCGUGAGGGCAUAAACAGCGAUUUUGCAGAUUUGGGUCCUUCUGGUCUUUCCAGCGACGACUGUGUCUACUCCAUUUCGCCGUCUCGUCUAGGAGUGGAACUAUUCACGCAAAUGCCUGUUCGUCGGCUCUCCACUAAUGAAUACAUUAAGUUCUUCGAAGAUGAUAACUUUUCCGACCUGAUCCUUCCUUUGUACGGCAUUAGCAUUGUUCUAUAUGGUUUGAUUGACACUUCUCCUCAAUUGAAGAUGAUGAUAGCCGAUCUGCGGUCUUUACAGGCCAUUGUGCAUGGUCCUUUGACGGAUAUCUCAGCCUUACUCCCUGAGCGGACGGGCACCGUCACUCAUGUAGUUGCGAUGAAUGAAAGAGUUCGCAGCUCUGCGAUUGAGCCUGUGUUGGAGGAAAUACGGAACCAAAUUGGUCAAUCAGGUCUGCCGAUUGCAGUUACUUUGGAUUGGGCUAUGGGCUGUGCUUCUCACAAGGCUUUACUUCCUGUAUCGAACUAUCACUUAUAA